AUGUCUCGAAAGCCAGUGAUUGCAAUCGCAGGCCUCGGCUGCGAAAACUCCACGUUCACGCCUUCCAGAACCAGAGCAGCAGCCUUCCAUGCCAAACGAGGACAGGAAGUUCUCGACCAGUAUGGCUACCACUUCCUCAAAACAGGCUCUCCAGUCGGCGAUUCCGCAGAGUGGCAUGGCGUGUUGACAGGACGUUCCUUGCCCGGUGGAAGAGUAACCAAGGAUGCGUUCGAGGACCUUGCAGGCGAACUGAUAUCGCGGCUCCGAGAUCUUGUUAAAUCGAUAAAGCUCGAUGGUCUUUGGUAUGAUAUCCAUGGUGCCAUGUAUGUGGACGGAUUUGAGGACAUCGAGGUGGAGCUCCUGCGACGCAUACGAGACGUUGCCGGCCCGGAUGUUGUCAUUUCAGCAUGCAUGGACUUGCACGGCAAUGUCAGUCGGGAACUUGCCCACCAGUUGGACCUAAAUACUUGCUACCGGCUGGCUCCUCACGAUGAUGAAUAUGAAUCGAAAGAGCGCGCCUGUGCGAACUUGGUGAAAGUCCUCACUAGGAGUUUGGAAGGCCCGAAACCGGAGCUCCCGAUCAAGGCUUGGAUUCCUCUGCCAAUCCUCCUGCCUGGUGAGCAGACUUCGACACGCGAUGAACCCGCGAAGCACAUCUAUGCAGCAGUCUCACAUGUCGAGACAAUGGACGGCGUCCUCGAUGCUGGAAUCUGGGUAGGCUAUGCUUGGGGAGAUGAGAAACGCAGUCGUGCGGUCGUGAUGGUGACCGGAUGGGAUGAGACUGCUGUUUGCAAAGCGGCAGAGAAGCUGGCUCGUCUCUUCUGGGAUGCACAUAAGGACUUCAAGUUCGUCGCUCCGACUGGCUCAUUCGAUGAGUGUUUCGAUGCGGCUCUUGCAUCGAAUUCGAGACCUUACUUUAUCUCGGAUUCGGGCGAUAAUCCCACUGCUGGUGGAUCUGGAGACGUAACAUGGACUCUUCAGAGACUACUAGGUCGUCCGGAAAUCGCCGAUGCCUCGGGUCCGAAAGUCAUUUACGCCAGCAUACCCGGUCCUGAAGCCGUUCAAAUCGCUACUGAUGCCGGUGUUGGUGCUUUGGUUACAGUUACCGCUGGAGCAGAGGUAGACAGCAUCCACUCUGGACCGGUCAAGCUUACAGGCCGCGUCCACUCGAUCUGGACGGGUGACGUCCACGCCGAGAUCGAAGUCGUGCUAGAGGUCGGCAGCAUGUUCGUCAUCUUGACCAAGCUGAGGAAGCCAUAUCAUGAAGAGCAAGACUUUCUUCAUCUAAAUCUGGAUCCUCGGAACGCUGCUGACAUUGUCAUUGUCAAGAUUGGGUACUUGGUGCCGGAGCUCUACGACAUGGCUGCGGACUGGAUGCUGGCGCUCACGCCUGGAGGUGUCGAUCAGGACUUGGAACGGCUUGGACACUGUCGCAUAAGGCGUCCCAUGUGGCCUUUUGAUCGAGCCUUGGAGGAGCCUAAUUUGUCCGCGAGAAUUAUUCCGGCUUCUCAUCUGCCGCUCACAGGGGAUGACGAAUGA